AUGGCGGACGCUUCAAAUGGUUCUGCGACGCUCGAAUCCGAAUUAGAUGAAACCCGGAAGAGACUGGAAGUGCUAGACAAAAAUUACCGAAACCUUAAAGGUUUAUCUCAAAAAGGUAGUGAUUUGUUGCUUGAAGAACAGUUUGUGAGACAAAGUGCUUGUCGCAAAGUUUGCUCAACUGUGAAAUCUUCGAGUGGUCGAUCAAAUCAAAUGUUAUUCCAUUUCAGCCGUCGCUGAAUUCGAAGAACUACAGAAAAAAUACCAAGAGUAUUACCAAAAGGUGAGGUUAUUGUUCGCUAAUUGUUUUCUCUUUAUGGGUAAACUCCAGCUGAUUCAUGGAUGCAUUCGGAGAAUGAGGAAAAGUCAAUUGCUAAUUGAAAAACAAAUAUCAAUCACAUUGAUUUAAGCUUAGCUUUUCUUUUUCUUUUUAUUAGUACAAGGAACAAGAGGUGAAAUAUUUAAAAGCCAAAGGAGACUUGGAAAAACUCAAGGAAGGUACAGUCGACAGUAAAUAUCAGUACAAAAUAUAUUAUAUUCGUAUUGCAUCUGGAGGUGGAGACGUAUCUGUAGUUUUGCGAAUACGUAAGCUUAAUAGUUAGCUAAAACAUUGCGAGUGAUCAAUUUCCAGCGUUUCAUUAACAAGCUGCGAUGAACCUUCGAUAUUGCAUAGUUAUUCUGAAUGACUAAAUCAAUUCGUCGUAAAACUUCCUGGCCAUUUCGCGUAUAAGCUCGAAUGCUAAAUCAAAGCAAAUACUGUAUUAUUUUGAUUUGAUAAAGUAUUGGUAUAACAGAUAGGUUUACUUACAGCACGUCUUUUCGUCGGAUAAACUUUAGCUUACGUUGUGUUUUGGCGUAAUUUGCCUUAGGAAAUACAGCUGCCUGCCUGACAUUUUAAUUAAAAAUAAAGAAAUGGGUCGAUGGUUUACUUUCUAAAAACUGCUUUACUUCGACCUGAAUGCAGAUUGAAAUGAUCGUUAAUUUGGAGCAUUUCUGCUCUUUAUUUAUAGGCCGGAGAGGGAAAAAAACACGUUACUUAUGAAAUUAAGCUGGUAAAGUUACAGGUAUAAUCUUACAAAGAUUACACAAAAAGUGACGGCUUAUUUCUGUUUCAAGAUUAAGCUAAUUAGUUUCAGUUCAGGUAUCGUACCACGAAUUUCCAUGUUUGGAGUCCUUAAGACGGAAAUGGAACAAAUUCAGCAUAAAAACCCAGUAAUAAAAUGAGAAAGUUAUUCUAAAGGGGAAGUUUCAAUCAAUUCGUUGUCAUUUAAACCUAUAGUAAAUCAUCAAGCUCAAGGCUUUUGUAUAGGUUUUUUUAUUCUCGAGGCUCUUUUGUAUUGAUCUGAAAUAAUUGAAUUAAAUAUAUGCCCCGAGAUUACAUAAAUUUAGUGCAAAAAUUUCUAAAAAAAAUCAUUUAAUUCACAAAAAAAUACUGAGAUAAUAUUUGUCUUUUAAUAUCUUAUUUCAAGUCAGAGGACUUGUUGCAUCUGUGAAAUUAAAUACAUUAUUAAUAAAAUUUUUUUCUUUCAUUGGCCUAUUUUUUUUCUUUUUAAGUCAGGUGUUGUGACAAAAAUAAUAUUAUAGGAAAUAGUCUUUUUCUUUGAGUAAAUGAAUGUGUAACAUUUAGUAUUAAUUACAUUAAAAUUUGCACAAGUGGAUUAAGGUUUUGGUUUUUUUCCAACUUAUUUUUUGUGAAUAUGGUGUCAGAUGAGGUGGUUUUCAAAGUUUCAGUUUUUUAAAAAACUUUUUAGUCUAAGAAACAGCUAAAAUUUCACAACGCUACCAACAGUUUCCCCACAAAAUGAAGUCCAGGGCUGUCAUUAAGAGCCGGGGGCCGGGGAUUUUCCCCGGGCACAAUGAGUGUGACCGCCGGCUACUUUUAUUGGAAAAAAAAAGAAAACUAGAACCAAAAGAUAUCCCUAGCUGUUUGUUUCCCCGCCUACUUGUUGUAUUUAAACGGUACUUGAAAUCUUAGUGACAAGCCUGAUGUCUGAGUAACAAGCACAGAAAUUUGGCCAUCCUGAUGAGGUGUCACCACCCUGACCUGGGCAGUGAUUUUGACUGCAUGGUUGGAAAUUUACUUUAACAAUCAGAAGCACUACCCAAAGCUAGGUAGUGACACAUCAUCAGUAUAGUCAAAUUUCUGUACUUGUUCUUCUGACAUCAUUUCGUGGGAAAACCUUUAGUAGUGUGAAAAAAUAUUGGCUGUUUUGGCAGCCUAUAGUAUUUAAAAACAAACUUAAGAAAGUGCAGAUUGAUACGGGAUAUUUUGCAGUUCCUUUUUUUUUUGUGAUUUUCAUAAAGAAGGUGGGCUUUCCUUGAAUACCAUUAUUCCAUCGAUUCUUAAAAUCUUAUUAUGGAUCUUUUGUCAGUUUCAUGGCUGGUGAUAUUUUACUUUUGGUUGUAUAAAAUAUAAUCAUGUUGUGUCUUGGAUACUCACAAAACAGAAAUUUUUUAUUCACUGGGUUGACCUGUUUCUCUGACUGGGCUCAUAUUAGCCUCGUAGCUGGCUUUUUUUAGGGGUUUUUUUUUUGGUAUAAUUUAAGAUAACAGAUACAGCCAUUAAACUGAACCAAGGUCAAACCAAAAAAUCAUGGGGAUGGGAGCAGGGGGAGAAGGCAGUGCUGGGGAAAAACCAACUGCAUUCAACCCCAUGAGAUUUUUGAAACCUGUUUGCCAGGGGACAGAGCAAAUGGCAUUCCUGAUUGUGGCCCACAGAAUGUCAACCUGCCAGUAGAUGUGAGAUUCCCAAUGGAUAUUCCAUUGGUUGUAUGGUGGCUUGUAAUGUCUGACCUGAUAUAUUAUUAACCCGAGGUAAAAAAAAAUUAACUAUAAUAUACACAGUAUACAUCUGUAUAUAUAUCUAUUACAUAUUCACCUCCUUAGAUGUCAAAGAGGUCUGCAGUUCUAAAACUCCAAAAAUAAUGUGAGGAUAAUUUUUCACCUUUUCAGAAAUAUUUCUUGUUCAGAAAAAGCCUAGUGAAAAAAUUAUCCUCACAUUUAUAUUAUAAGAUAUAAAGAAAAUAACAGAAGGCAACACUCCAGGGAUCAGUCUGUGUGAACUUUUGCCAUUGUCUUAAGGUGUGUCAUUAAUGAAAUGAUAUGCACAUAAUAAUUUCAAUCUUUUGAUUUUAAGGUGGAACCUUGAGCCCAAUAAUGAAAUCCCAUUUCGUUAAAAAAAUCCAUUCCUGAAUAUCAAAUGAGCACAAAGAGCUGAAAAAAAAAACAUACAUGUACAUGUACACUACAAACCAUUAGUGCGACAGUUGUUUUUGACAGCUGUCAAACUUCUAAACAUGUCACAUCACAUGCAAGCCAAAUUCCUCCUUUCACAAGACUGGAAGGGGCGUUUCAAAAAUCUCAAGGGGUUAAUUAUUGAGGUGGUUUUUCUCUCUCUCUGUCUCUCUCCCUAGCCCUCUCCCCCACGGUUUUUUCAUUUGACCUACAUGCGGCUGUAUAAAUACGAGCCAAAAACAAAAAUCAAAACAGAAAAACCCGCCAGCUACGCAGGCUUGGCUCAUAUAAUGAUGGGGACAAGGAUGCUCAUCAUCUUGUUUAGGGCCAUAAAUAGUAGGUUUUUGGUUUCACUUACUUAAUGUUCAGCAUACUAUGGGAUUAGUGAUGUUGCUACCCCUGCAUCCUAUAUCCGUGAUGCAUAAAAUCCUCAAAGAAACAAAAUAUUUCAUGGCAUGGGUUACGUAGGAUGCCAAGAUCAAUAACUGAUUUAUCCAAAGGUGUUUGUCGAGAAUUUCCUAUUUGUACGUGUAGUAUAUUUGUUUGUAUAAUUAGAAUUACAAAGUGGCUGUUUUAAUCUGCUUCAUACCAUGAAACUACAUCAUGCAAUGAAAAUGUAGUUACCGAGGGUGUCUUUCAGAAUAAUGUGAGGGAUGUGGGAUCUGACAACAACAGUGUAGUUUUAGUUUUCAGAGUUAUUCUAUUAAAAGAUUGACUUCAGAUUAAAUGUCUCGUUACAAUGUACCUAGAGACACAAAGCAUUUGUAUCAAAAAUGGGCAACAGCUGAAUCAAAAUCAAUUUUUUAUGUUUAAUUCCUUGCUAAUGCUUCUUGGGUUAAUUGUCCAAGAUGUCAAAUUUUUGACCAGACAUUCACUGCUUUCUUUGUUUCUUCUCUGUUUAUUCUUUGUAUCUUACAGUCUCAAACGUUGCACUGUGUGAAUAUGAGAAUUUGCAUGAGAAGUUUGAGGUGGAGCAAAGCUGCAGGACAAAGGCGGAGGAGUUUGCCACCAAUGUAUGUAUUACCAAACUAAGCUCCUAGCAUUACAGUAUUAGUAAGAGUUGAUUGGUGUUGAAAGUGACUGAUGUUUUGAUAGCCUGUGACCAUCAAGUCAAAGCAGAGUCUUGCUGUCAUUUUGGUGGGAAGAGUUUUUUUAGGAAAGCUUUUAGGAUCUUAGGAUUAGGUGCAAGGAAAGGUAGGUGGGUAAUGGAACAAGGAUUUUCAGGUCCUUGUCAGGUGGUUUUUUGCUUCUUUCUCCGGUGUCCUUGACUGAAUUGUGCUCAUUCUGGUAUGGUUUGAAAGAUCUCUUCACUCUGCACACGUGUGCGAAGAAGCAGAAAUACCUGUUACAGCUGGGGGCACUUGAUGUUAACUAUGGAUGAUCAAAGUGGUAAACUAAGAAAGACACUAUAAGUUUUGUGAGAUGUUAUAUGGGUGAAUCUUCAUCUGUUGUUCUAUCACUUAAACAGUGCUCAUAACAAUGGCUUUGAUCUGCCAAACAAACUUUUCCUUGGUUCUUGAAGACUUAGCUAAUUAAGAUGCCACUUUGUCUCCCUAAAUCCUUUAAACUCAUCAACAGCGAUGAGCCUGGGGGAAGUGCCUGCGAGGCUAGUGGAUUCCCGAAAUACAGGCGACUGCAAUGUGUAACGGUGACAACCCGGCCUGAGAGUGACAUCGCCCUCGGCAAUGUCAUACUGCUAACCAUUGGAACCUUACAUACGUACCCUUAAAUGGUAAAUUAAAAAUAAUCAGCCGAUAUAGCCACUUAAAUUGUUCUUCUGUGAUUUGAAAUCCCUGAUAGAUGGUUCAACAAAACAAGGCUCUCAAGCGACAAAGCCAAUUGCUCAUCUCACAAAUUGGCUCUGGGGGACAGCUCAAUCUUGUAAGUGUUUUCUGUCUAUGAUAAUUAUUCUUGUUUCUUGGUAUCUCAUAGGCUACUCACUUGACAAUAAUUUUUAGAUAGCCUUCAAACGUAUAUUAACUGGUUUGCAAUAAUUGGAAAUGAUUAAAUUGUCAAAGAAGCCACUAUUAUAAAAAAAACCGUGCAAACGGACUCAUCACUGUUGGCCAACAACUCCCAACAUUGUUGAGAGUUGUUGCACCAUUUGCAAAAAACUAACAUUUUGACCGGUUUCAAACUUUGCGCAACAACUCCCAGCAACACGCAACAAUAAGUAACAGGGUGUGUAAAUGGACGAAACAUGUAACAUCCAACAAUGCUACAGCCAUUUGCAUGGGGCUUAAUGCUUUUUCUCUUUUAAUUUCAGUCUUUUGUUAAAUCCAGUAUUCAUUAAAAGUCCUACCAUAAUAUUCCAUCAUGCACAACAAUCUGUAAUGUUACAACUUUUUUCACUCUAAUAUUCCCUAUAAUUAUAAAAUACCACAGUUUAUUAAUUAAUUUCAGUCUUUUGUUAAAUCCACUAUUUAUUACAUUGUAAAAGUCCCACCAUAAUAUUCCCUCAUGCACAACAAUCUGUGACGUUACAACUUUUUUCACCCUCAUAUUCCCCAUAAUUAUAAAAUACCACAGUUUAUAAUAGUGAUAUCAUUAUUCCUUACUAUUGGUUAGUUUAGAUAAUUUUGUUCUAGUGACAGGUUUACCUUAAUGUUGCAGGUUUUGAAACACAGACAAAUAAAACUUGUUUCUAUAAUCAUUUUGAGCUGAGAUGCAUUUGUUAGUAGCAUUUUCUUUACAGUUUUGAGACCGUGUUUUUGUAAUAAAAUUACAUUGCUUGGUAAUCUUAUUGUAAUAAUAGUUUUUCCAAGGGUAUUGUACCUGUCAACUUUGGAGAAUGUAAUCUGUUUAAUUCAUGAUCUAAGAUUCUUGGGCUUCAUUACACCAAAACAAAUGAAAAAAAACUCUAAAAAUGGAACUCUAUGUCUUUAGGUUCUCGGGUGUAUUUACCACUAAAAUAAUCUGAAAAUGGCAUUCUUCGGAUUUAGGUUAAAGCACUUAAACUGUAUUGGCGUGGUAUAGGCCAACUAACAAAGCUGGUAGGAGAUAGAACUGUUACCGGUCGUUUCGAUGCAAAGUUGUUUCGAUACAACUUUAUUCAUUCGAGGUGUAAAUCGUUCCACAAACUUGGCUUGAAGAACUAAGAUAUUCUCCCAACAUGUUUUUCUUGUUCACUCAAAAACUAUACUUGAAGUGAACAAAAUUUUUGUGAAAUUUCACUGCUUGAGUUUGUAUCGAAGCGAUUUGUAUUGAAACGACAAGCAGCUAGUGCCCAUGAUGAAAACUGCUGGGUCCAUCGGUAAUUGUGCCAGACAAUAAAGUCUAUUUAUUCAUUUAUUUUUGCCGCGAGGUUAUUUUAUUUCCCCGUCAAUUUGCUAGGGGAGGAUGAAGGAGACGAGGUAACCUGUUCACAGACCCUCUAUGUUCUCAAAAGAGGUCGUCGAGCGCGCAUAUGAAACAAUAAUAGAGAGAUAAAGAUUCACGUUUACACUAAACGGCAAACGUGAAUUUGUAGCCUGUUACCAAGUUUUCCUCUUAAUUGCCGUUUACUGUUUAUCACUUCUGUACAAAAAUAUGUAGUUUCACGCCAGUUUUAUCCAUAAGAAUUGUUUUGGCAGUUUUUAUCUGCUUAUUUUCCAUUCUGAGAAAUUCUCUUCUUGAAUCUGGCGUUUGCCGUUUGCUGUAAACGUGACUCUCUCUAAUAAAAAGAAGAACCGCGGGUGAUUUAUUCACUGUAAGAGCAAUGGAUGUUUGUGGGAAAGGAGAACUAGUUCCUUUCUCACCCGCUUUGAAAAACCGAUUUUGAAUCUUAAGUUUAAACUCCCUCCAAAAAACAACUGAUUUGGUUUUACAUUCAAAAAUUAAAGAUCCAGAGAAACAAGCUCUAACUGUACUUACCAAUUAUGUCCCUUUUCUGAGGGCAAAUAAAUGUUAUCCUGUGCAUUUUAUUUCCAAUCUUUAAUAAUUUAUCCUUUAUUCAGGAGGAACUGCCUUCUGUUGAGGCCACAGAUGAUAGCUCAUUAAAUGACAAUGCAGUUCUACAUGAAGAAAUCAAUGGUGAGCUUAUGUUUGAGUUUCAUGAUGAUGAUCGAAGAAAGAAAUUGAAUUAUAGAACAAGGGAACGUUUAUACAACAGACUCCUAUACAAUGAACCCUCCCCUAAUCGCCCACCCAAAAUGCAAAGGCUCACUGAUCGCUUACAAGAAUCGACGCAAAGGUUGUCUCCUUCUAGAAGAGGCCCGGCCGACACAUCUAUAUUUUGGAAUAGAAUUCAUUGCAUGUAAUUUGUAAGUUACGAUAAUAUGUGUAGUUUCAAACAAAGAGAUCAAAUCACGCCCUAAGUGUUCGCUUACAGGAUGAGGAAAGACAAUGGCAAAUUCUAAAGCCGUUAUCCAAAAGUGGUCACAAUCGCUUACAAGAGGUAGUCGUUUACGAACGUUUCCGUCUGUAGUGAUCACUGGGAAAAUUUUGGUGUUUUGGAUGGGUGUUCGCCUAUGGGAGGUGGUCGCGCAUGGAGGUUCGACUGUAUAGCGUACACGUUUGUAUAAGGGAGGAUAUCACGAUUCUUUACUCUAGAAUUUAAUAGCUUUUCCCUCCCUGUCUUCCGCUUUGUUUCUUUGUGCGCCCUGUAUUUCCCCCUCCCCCUCUCCACUACGUGAGCGCCUCGAACAGAAAUUGAAGAGGGCUUGAGUUAUUUCAAAGAGAGUUCGAAAUAUCGAAAGCCCCGACCUCGAAUGUUCAAACUUUAGAUACUAAAUUACUAUCCAGCGGAUAAUAUGGGAGGAAAAAAAGACAAUCUAACAGAAUGCAAUGAUUUCAAUGCUUGCGUUCGUGCGGGACCACUAUUUGGUGGUAGGUUAGAAAGCUACACUAGCCAAUGUUUAGGACUCUAAGAAAUAUACGUUUUUCUAAAAUCAAACAGAUACGUAUGAACAACAUUAAUUAAUCGAAAAGGGCAGAAUUGAGGUUUUUUUGCGGUGAUGCGGUUUUGCGGAAAUUAAUUUCUCUUUUAAAUGAGGUAUUGCGGUUUUACCAGCUCAAGUGGUGUAUGCUCUGUCCUUGAUGAUGACGUCUCUGAUUUUUAGAAAUCACAUAAAUAAUCACAGUACUGUAUUUUGUUAGUGCUAAAAGGACAACUGGAAGCCUUAAAAAAAGAGUUAAGACUUACCAAAGAGAAAUUGACUACAACACAAAAUGAGGUCAGUGUUUAGUAAAAUUGUAAAUUCUGAAUGAGGAAUAAAAAUGAAAUGCCGGACUAAUUGGUGGUUUGCACGUGACGUCACGGCAGCCAUGUUGGCGGUCAAGAACAAAAGCAUUUCUCUCCUCUGAGAACUAAAGUCGAUUUUCAUGUAAAUUCCUCGGGAAAAAGUUCUAUUGUUUUGACUCCCCAACAUGGCCACCUUCUCACGUGAUUGCAAACCAAGAAUACUAGUGAUAACCAAUGGUUAGGGAGUGCGGACGAGAUCGAUCGAAGGUCAAACCGCUCUUGCUCCAACGCUCUGUUUUGGGCACGUUUCACGUGAUAGGCGGUCCGUCAAAACGCGCGUUGUCAGGUUACAAGUGGCAGAAAUCAUCAGGUUGAGUUCUUUGAUUCCAUUCAUUCUUAAGGUUCGGAAAAACGGGCAACAAAAAACACGAAACUUGUCUUGCAACAUUGCGGCAAAACGAGUUGUAUAGCGAUGUUGCGCGUUUUACCACCAACGUAUAACCUGUCUUGCAACAAAUCAGUUUGUUAACAGGUUUGAACGUAGGUCGUGAAACGCGCAACAUCGCAAUUCAACUCGUUUUGCAGCAAUGUUGCAAAAGAGGUUGCACGUUUUUUGUGGCCCGUUUUUUCGUACCUUUAGUGGAAAUCCACUAGAGUUCGCUAGAGUGGUCUGACGCCCCGUCCACACGAACCCUGGUGGCAAAAUAUGCGGUUUUUUUUUUAAAAAUGUCCGAAUUCGUGUGAACGGGGCCUAAAUUUCUGCCACUUGUGCCAGUAAGUUGAUGUUACACGUGACGAUUCGCAACGACGAUUUUUAGCGCAACACAGCGUUGCAAUGUUUGAACAAUGUUGCAACUAUUCGAAACAAUGUCGCACUGGCAACAUGUUGCAACGCUGUGUUACGCUAAAAAUCGUCGUUCCGAGUUAUCUUUUGUAACAUCACCUUUAAUUUGUGCUUUCCUUUUAGACAAAAAGCAAUAUUCUUGUUCUGUGAAAAGGGUGUGUUUACUGUUAUGCUUGACUUCUAUCUUCAGCUAAACAAGGAGAAAAAUGCCCAUGACACUACAAAGAGUAGACUUCUGAAAAACGAAAAACAGUUCAAACAGCUGAACAGAGGUGAGGAAUCAAUGACUUACCUUGACAAAGUGUUUUUUUUUUCAGCGCAUAAGCGCAACAGGUUCCUGGAAGAAUAUUGUUAGAGUCUUUUGUUUAUAUAGAACUUAGAUACAAACUAACAAAGUUUUCCCAUUAUGUUUGUUUUUGUUGAUUAUGGAUUCUUAGUUUGUAACCAAUGCUUUUAUAAAAGAAGCUGUCACAGGUGUUAGGCUAAAACAGGUUCUUAUUAAGUGGGGCCGGGGGUGUUUACUGUUUUUUUUUUUCUCGGGGAAACUUGAGUGGUUUUUAUUUUGGCAAAACGCGAACUGUGAGAUUGGAACUGCAAGAGUAUUGAACGAGAGAGAACUUUUUAUUUAGAUCUGUUUAUUCAUCCUUUGCUUCGACUGAAAAUUUGAGCACUGUCCGUAACACUUAAUUUGGUGCGAUUUUUUUAUGAUUGAGAUUAGUUUUUGAAGAAAAUACUUGAGUGUUUUGUACAUGGAGUCUAUCAUCAAAUAAUGAAAAUUUGCACCUCCCCAUGGACACUCAGCCAGAUCUUGGGAAAGGUAUUUAACUAUUGCGAUAUGGUAGAUAAAGAAGGAGCGUAACAAAUGGCUUGUAUUGGCACCCUACACAGAUCUGAUGCGAAUAUCUCUACUCGUUAUAUUUCAGUUUCUGUCCUAGCACUUGAAGAGUUUAACAGCCUUCAACAGAAAUAUGAACUUGAAGCUCACUGCCGUUUUGAGGCUGAAAAGUAUGCGGCUGAGGUAAAUACUUCUAAAUAUUACUUAGAUUAAGCACCGUGCUAUCGGCAAACGCCGAACGUCAGCUAGCGGCGUUUGUCGUUCCGUCCGCUGUAUUUGUGGGAAAAAACGAGGGUGUUAAAAAUAAUUUUUGUACACAAAUUGUAUAAAAUAUUUGAAAAUUAAUUAUCUGUUAACUAAUAUGUUUCUUUGUUUCUUAGUUUUUCUUUUAAACUAAGUAAAAUACGUAUGAUACACGACAGGUAUUCUCGGUCGCGGCCAUUCACGGGGAUUGGACAAAAUGCUCAGAGAAGUUGGCAUCCUUUAUUGCUCGAAUUUGAAACUCUUGUAGCUUUACAAACAGUACAUGAAGAAUAAGGAUGAUAAACGAAACAUAGCUAUUAAACCAAGCGAUCAAAAUGAAGAAAUAGUCUGUAGAAAUGGGAUGCAAAUAAUCACGUUCUCUCGUUUGGCUCCAAACGGGAAUAAUGUCCUGUUCUCUUUGAAACGGCGGACGGCAAACAGCAAACGCGGUAAAAGUCAGAUCACGUGACCCUCUCUGCCGUUCGCGCGAAAAAAUACGCGGUGCUUAAUCUCUAUUAACCCUCAAUACUUUCAAUGGAACGUCCACUGCGUCCAACGUCUUGGGCGUGGUUCGUUUUAUUCAGUAAGGGUUUCGUUUACCAUUAAUUAAGUGGAAACAUGAACAAGAUGUAUAAAAACAGAUUAUCGUCAUCGUCAUCUCUAUUCACGCCCGAAGGCGCACAAGGCCUUUGUUAAUUAAACAAUCUUUUUAUUUAAAAAUCACGUGGAAGAGAAUCAACCGCAAUCUGAAUUCUAGGUGGGAUUCGAACCCACAACCCUCCGUACUAUGGUCGGAUGCUCCAACCACUUGAGAUUGGAGACUAUGUGGCGAGUACGGAUAUCUUUAUUUAUUUUGACACGCGAAUUGCAUCAUGCAGCCACGCAGUCAAACAACGACACAUUAAUGGCUUAACUGCAUCUGGCAGUCACAUACUAAUGAUAAGUAAGUCGUAGCAACUGACGAUAUAGCCAUACAUCCAUCCAACCACCCAUACUGCUGAUAAUCUUCUUCGUGAUUUCCUAAUUUAUUGUCAUAUACAUGAUCUUUAUAUUUUCCGGAAAGAAUGAGCUUCUUUUCGUUCAAAACGUUUUGCGCUGAAUCAAAACUGAUUUAUUUGCGCCAAUGGUGCCGAAAUUUUGUGAGUUUCUGUUUCCACACCCUUGGAACCUUUUUAGCUAACUUUCAAAACCCUUUAGUAAAGUAUAAAACAGCGUAUUGGUAACACUUUAAACUUCGAACGAAGAAAAUGAGAACCUUAUGUUUUGAAAUGCUUUGCUAGCUUUUUUCUUUUGACCGCGGUCAGUUGCAGACACCUUUCCUUGCUUUUGUAAACAGCAAAACAUUUGCCUGAAUGGCGUUUAUUGUCUUAGUUUAGUAGUUCCAACUUCUGUGUCUUUUGUUAUUUUCUGCAACUUUCAAUUGACGACUAACUAUAACCCAGGGUUUGAGACUGCGGGCGAGAUCCAUGCAAACGCUCUUGCUCCAAUGCUCUGCUUUGUUUUGCGUAAGUUUCACGUGAAAGAAGGUCAAAACGUGCGUGAUUAGAUCACGAGUGCUGGAAUGAUCAGUUCAGUGUUAGUUUGCGCUCUAUGCGUUCCAUUCAUUCUUAGUGGAAGUCCAAACGAAUGGUGGGUACAUACUAGUAAUAACAAAAGGUUACGGAGUGCAGGCGACCUGGAUCGAAGGCGGAAGAUGGGCUCCUGUCAAAGGUCAAAACGCUUUUGCUCCAACGCUGUGCUUUGCGUAAGAUUCACGUGAUAGAUGGGCAACACACGCGUGAUUAGAUUACGAGAGGUAGAAGGUCCAAAGUUGCGUCAGGUCAGAUUGCGUUCUGUGCAUUCCAUUCAUUCUUAGUGGAAGUCCAUUAGCAGCUGGCUAAAUAUGUGCCGUGCAUGAAUAAUAGCAACCUGGAGAUUAUGAUUGCGUGCUCCUCUUGUCGCCCGCAAAUAGCAACCUGGGCCCAGUUGUUCAAGGGCCGUUUAGCGCUAACCCAGGGUUAAAUUUUAAUCAGGGUUUCUCUUUCUUUUGUUCAAAAGCAUUUUCUCUGAUAAUUUUCGCUAUUCUUGUAGAGCAUCAAAUCAUCAAAUUGUAGACAAGAAGAAUGAAACUGAAUUUGCUUAUUAAGCUUUCAUAUCUGAAUUCAUAUUUCGCACUAAGCCUGGAUUAUCUUAACCUGGCUUUGAACGACCCGGCCCUGGAGAUUAGGAUUGCGGGCUCAAUUACAGCUUCAGUUUGUUUUACAAACAGGUAUUGAGGGAGAAAGAUGUCUUGGACCAACAAAGGAAGUAUAUCUCGGAAACUACCAGUAAAGAUGAGCAACUAAAGAAGGCUCUUGAGGAAAUUGCCACACUUAACAAAAAGCUUGCCGAAGAAAGAACAGAAUCCGAAGAAAAGGUGGGAGGUUAAAGCCGGGUGAAAACUGAGGAGCGAGAUGCUAAAUACACGUCUUCAAGUAUCUUAAUUUUUAUUGCGGCCAUCCCUGGUCCAGUACCUUUUGUCUAGUCUGCUGGUGGUCAUAAAAGCACCUUUUCCCUGUUACUGAUCAUGAACACAGGGGAGGGGUGUUGAAUUGGAUAGAUUAUUCAGGGACAGUUGCAAAUGUACCCUGAACACACAAGAAAGUUGACACUGUGGUGUGUUUGUUUGCUUAACAAACAUCGACCAGUUUUGGGGCAUGGUGUGUUUGACAUAUUUUUUCCUUGAAAGAAAAAGCGCUUAAUGUCUUGGGAUCAAAGACUUAGUGCACGAAAGGAUAACGUUAGCCUGUUGAUUUUUCUGAAACGACAACGACAUCAACUACGAAUACAGGCGAACCUCCAAGUGCGAGCACCUCUCGUAAGCGACCUUUUUUCCAAAACACCAAAACUUUCCCAGUCAAAGCCUUAUAAUUAAACUUCUUUUAAACGAUCGCCCACUUAAGGCGACCGUGACCACUAUUUGGGGCUGACGGUUUAAUGAUUUUUCAUUGUUUUUAACCUCUUGUAAGCUUGACGAUUUGUCUGAUCUCUGAUAUUCGCUGUGUGUGCUAUGCUUCUCACAAUUUACGAAGAACUUUAGUAACAACAUGGAACUGCACAUAUCAUAACUUCGAAAUUGCAUUCCAUAAAAGUGGAUGUUCCCGGACAUCUCGGAAGAGACUCCCUGUGGUCCUAUUCUCUUAAGCGACCACCUCCUGUAAGCGACCUGUAAGCGUUCGACUGUAGAUGAAAGUAAAUUAAAUAUUUUAAAGAUAGGUAAUAGUAGCUAGACCUUUGAAAGCACCAUCAGCUUCGAUCCGUUAUGCUGAUAUAUUCAACUACGUACUGUUUUCAAAUACAUGGUGAAAUUUAAGCUGUCUUAUUGGUAAUGAACCCUAAUGAAUUUGUUACAGAUCAAAGAUCUUAUGGAAGAAAUGAAAGAUUCAAAGGAUGAAGGAUAUAUCAAAGGUAUGUAGCUACCAGCUAGAUUACAUUACAUAAGACUGUUUGGGGCAUUCACCUCCGAGAAACACCCGAGCGACUGUUGCGGGAAACGCUUUUUGCCAACAAGAAAUAGCACUGUUUUUAGGAGAAGUUACUCCCGCAGAUCGUCACAUUGCCGUGUCGCAUUACGUGAUAGCUUUCACGUCAUAAGGCGGAACUGGAGUGGUUUUUGUCCUUGCCGCGGAGGGGUACGUUAUGCCUGUAAAAAAUGCGUCUUCACUUCUUUAAUUCAGCGGUCAUAGCGAACUCGAAACUGGACCACUGGCGCAACUGGUUGUUUGUUUUUUCUAGUCAUUUUUUUGACCUUAUCCUUCUGAGAUAUUAAGAGGAGGUCUUUUAAAAGAGCAGCCUGCAGAACAGGUGUUAUUUUUUCGCCUUUUUUACGUUAGCGAAGGCAAGUGCGAAGCAAGCGAGGAGCGCCAGACAUGCCCCACCCCGUCUCGUAUGUCUUGCGUGUGUCUCGUAUAAGGGAGAAUGUAAUAUGAUAUAAUAUUUUCCUGGUUCUUUGCAACAGUUACUGAAGAAAAGCUGCAGCUAGCUGAGGAACACAUAGAGUCUUUAGAACAACAGCUGGCAGAUUCUGAGAAGAAAGCCGCCGAAGCAAACCAAAAAGGUACUUUGCUGACUGCCUCGUUGCUUGGUAAAAUUGUUUGUUCUUCGUAAUCUGACUUUUUUGUCUUUUUAGUUUCAGAACUGGAGAAAAGUUUAGAGGAGGCAAAGAAACAAGUUGCUGCACCACCGCCACCCCCUCCAGUAGCAGCUCCACCACCUCCACCACCACCUCCACCCCCUCCGCCUCCAACUCACCUCAUCAAGUAAGUAAACUGUCAUUUGCUUCUCCAGGGAUAAGGUUAUAUAUUUUAAAAUUUGUUGUUGUUGCUUGGUGACGUGGGGGCAAACUAACGUUCAAUUUUCAUUUGAAAUGCUUGUGCCAUUCAUUAACAGGAAUUAACUGAAUCUUUGGUUGUCUUUUGGUUCUUAGGAAAUUUAUGAACAUCGUGGGAUCAAAGAAGAGGAAGGAAAGUCUAAAGCGAGGAAAAGGCAAGUAUUGAAGUCUUUGCUAAGGUUUUUUUUGUAAUGGAAAUUUAGCAUUUAACUCUACAAUCGGCGACGAAAUUGUUGAGACAUUGUACUCAAACAGGGUAACUUCAGAGAACAAAAGACUCCACACCCCUGACCUGUCCCCUCCAUUCAAAGUUGGGGUGUUUGUUGUUUUCUAAAGGUAGCUCGAACAGCGGCACAACAUUGCAUGGAGGGGUUGGGGGAGAAAAAGCUACAUUUACCUCUUUUGAAGUUAAAAAAAAAAAUCCCUUUUAGGGCGAAGUUUCUCAACUCAUUUUGUCGCCGAUUGUAGCUUUACUCUCAUUUUAAAACGUGUCUUUGGGGGUGGUAAUGGUGAUGGUGGUUCUUUUGGGUGGUGGGGGGGGGGGGAGGGUGGCAAACCCUCGCUUCUACCAUUUCUAAGGGAAAAGCCCUGGGCGAGUUUGAAACAAGGUUUAGUAUGAGCAGUUCAAAAGUAUAGAAUAUUUUUACUUGGAUUUAGAUGAACUAGAAAGAUUGGCAAAUUCACGGAGGGCGUUAUUCAGUGUUUUUAUCUAGGAUUAUUUAUACUGAAUAACGGCUUCCGUGAAUAGUAAUAAUAAUUAUGAUAAUAAUGAUAUAUUUUGGAUUUCAGGGGUUAGGUGACAUUUGCAUUUGCCCUUUUGGGAUUAUCGAUUUUGUCUCCGUUGCACUCCAAGGGAGUUGAAAUACAUGAAGCAUAGGGAAGGAGAUAUCUAGCGCAGGCUAGUCGUCCAGAUUCCCUACUCACCGCUCAGGAUUAUAUCGUCGAGUCACAUUACCUCAUUUUGACAACCGCUCUCCGGCAGAAACCCGAAACAGUUUCGGCCUUCUGUCGUAGAGCGGUCGAUAAACUUGUUGGCUUUAGCCACUUUAGAAAAGAGAAGGGAAUUGAAGCUGAAAUGUGUCCCGCAAUGAUUUGUGGGAUCGUUACUGAGGAAGCGUCUGUCAGCAAUUGGCCAUUUUUUUUUCUCUUGCCGUUUGUAACAGUCCCAGAAGUCUUUGCGAAAGUUAACUCGCCCCAGGGUCCCUCUCGUUUUUAAAGUGGGGAAUGCAGAAAUUGUAUUAGAAGAGUUUAGCUCGGGAGUGCCUACCCAUAUUCACUCUAUUACAAAUAAUCUCUCAGCAGCAGCUCCUAAAGACCCAAUGGCAAACGCCAUGAGUGAAAUGAUGGAGAGAAUUAAAAGUGGAAACAUACAACUUAAAUCCGUCAGAACAGUGAGUCUCAUUGUUAGUCGACCUGUGUCACGCUCACGAUUGCAUGCAGUUAAACCUGUGCUUAGUGAAAUAAUCUAUAAUUGUUUCCUAGUGGUGUGCCGAUCAUCGAUCGAAAUCUUUAAGCGAUGCUAUAAUCGAUUAUUGAAAACGUCAAUCGAUUAUCGCGGGGAAAAAAUAAAAUUUCUUGAUGCCUUUUUAAUGUUGUCUUAACUAAAGAAAGGAAAUUUAAUCUCCCGAAAGCAGAGAAAAAUUCCGAGCUUAUAUUUUAGUGGUCUACAGUCAAAACUCAAAAAGGUUGUAUUGUUUGUGAGUUUUUUGAAAGUCUUAUAAAGACAAUUUUCCGAUUGUAAUCGAUGGUCUAUUGAGUGGGUCAACAUGAAUAUUUCUGAUGGUCGAUUAAAAAACCUGAACUGAUUCCCAACACUAUUGUCCAGGUUAUGGCUCAAUUUUAUCCUUGGAUUAAAUCUUUUGUUUCAAACUUAUUAUCAUGCAUUACCAUAUCCAAAAGCAAGAGAAAAUAAAGUUCAAAGCAAAGAUAAAGUUGAACCACAACAUUUUCACCUUUACUGAGUAGCCAGUUUGUCAAGAAUGAAGUUUUCUAGUGUAAAAAACCCACUGAACUGAAGUUUUUCAUUCAAUUUGGCGGUGCUUAAUUACCAAGUAAUAUUCAAUCGGAAAGUAAUUUCCUAUAGAGAAUAACAUUUGGAAAGAAAGAGACUGCAAAACUUGUUUUUUUUUCUCAAAAUCAGUAAAGAAAUCGGUAAAGCGUGGCGUGAGAGUCUUACACCAGGGCGGAUAAAGGUUGGGCGAUGAAACGAGCGCUCCGCUCUUCAUUUAAUGUGUGGUGCGGAGUAGGACUGGCACGAGCGCUUCUUCCGCGCUUCCGGUGCGCUUCAAGGCCGGCAAAAUUUUCCUUUUUGCAAACCGGAAAUCCUAUUUUCUUUCUGUAAUUUCAGGCUACAAUGUUAAAUAGAUAAAUUCGUUUCAUAACAAUAUCAAUAAACAGUUUCAUAUGUUUGUGUCUGUACGUCUAUAAGUCAAACUUGUUGGUCGUAUAAUGCCAAAAUUUGAGUUUAAUUUGAAAGUGUUGAAUACCUCCUCCUUCCACUAAAUAUCACCUAAUCGUCUUUCGCCGUUUCGUUUGCAAAAGCUUAACACUUCUUAACCUCAAUUUUUACAUAUGUUAAAUGGGGAUAAAUUUUGAAUAACAUAACAAAAAAUUAGAUUGAUAUAGUGGCGUCGUACUUCUUCAAACUUUGCUUCUCGGGUGCAACACGCCAUGGCGAUUCGCGCAAUGCGUUGCAAAUCCGGCAACCGCAGGUAAACAAAAUUUAUUGAGGUUAGUUGUAAGGUUUUUUCUCAGUUUAUCUCUCUAAAACAAAACAAGGUAAACAGUAAAAACUGAGGGGAAACUAAUUUUGAAGUUUCGAAGAAACAGAAAGACGUAUGAGAUGUUUUUUUCAAAAUUAAAAAGAAGGAUGAUGGUGAUUGAAAUUAGCAUAAUUUCACCUUGCACGAGCUGCACGCAUUUAUAAAAUACACGUCAUCCAGUUUUGAAACACGAUCUGCUGUCUUUUAGUUUUGCCAUGGAUGACAUGGAUGAGAUUUUCCUUCGUGUUUUAGACAGUACUUAGUUGUUUUUGUUUUGGAAUAACAUCGACAUUGGCGAGUAGCAGAACGAAAUAAAUUCAGUGGUAGAGUCAUGGAAGUCAUAAAAGAAACUCUUUGAAAGAGAUGUUUGUCUACUCCAACUAAACCUCCCGCAAAAAAUAGCAACAUUUUCCUCUCGGAGACGGCGUACCAGCACAAAAGAACGAGGAAGAAGUGCAAGAAAACAAAUCAAGCCGCCAUAAUUCAGUGACAGCGGCAGUGUCUAAUGUACAAACCACAUCGCAAGCCCUGACCGAAGUCGAAAACAAGCGACAUUUCUAAGCAGAGUCCCAGUCCACUGCAUCACACCUUUUUGCUCGGACGCGCUCGUUUCACCGCCCAAUCUUUAUCCGCCCUGUCUUACACGCACAAAGCGCCCGUAAGGCGUGUGAGGCGAGAGAAAAAACUAGCGUCUCUCCCCAGUCUCGCUCUCUGUUUUCAACCUCGUUCCAGACCUUUUGUUUGACUGCUCACGCGUACUUGAAUACGCAAGAAUACGGACUGUUUUGCAGUUUAGGAAAGAAAGCACACAUUUAUAAAUAACUUUGUUUAUUGUUUGAUUACAGCCAUCCAAUAGUAGUAAUGACAGUAAUGACACAGACGCCAUGUCAGAUUUGGGAAAUUUACUGGUAAGGAGGCAAGAGUAUUUCUUACGGACUCCAUGCAUAUGUAAUGUUUACUAAAAAACAGGAAUGUCAAAAAUUCAGCCCCAGGCUAGUGGUACUCGCAUUGCUCAAAUACGAACUGCGAGUUGGACUGAACGACCCCAAGACCUUGCUAUAGAUAUGUUCAUUUUUUUAGGAAUGUGCAAGCUGUGCUGAGAAAUUGCCGAAAUUUUGCACCAAAAAAUGUCAAAAAGGUGCUUAAAAGUUGCUCAGUUUCAAAAACGUUGCCUUCAAAAACUGAAAAAGUUACUCUUAAGCCCCCAAAGAUAGGCUCCUUUGUCUACUGCAACCUGGAUAGGGUCUUCAAUCACUCUUUCGUCGUCACUCCAACAACAAGUGAAUCUGGCGUCCACCAUUUUCGUUCUGCUGCCGCACACCCAUAUUUGGAAUUACUGUAAUCACUACAGGAUACCCAAUGAUCAGCCUACCCGCCCCCUUUUAAUACUUAGAAAAUGUUUGCAAUUAGUUCUCCGGGUUUUAUGAGAAGAUGUGUCGGACUUGUUCCCUGUUGUUCCGUAAGUUCGUCAAGAUCGAGUUCUUACUUUGAAGACAUUUUUCAGCGAGGCAUGUCAACCCCAAGUGGACUUUUUGCAUUCUGUUUGGGUGGUUUUGCCCAUGUUUUCGGGCAAAUCGUCUCUUUAAGAAUAAAGUCCCCUAGCAAUACAAAUUUGGUGGUGUCAAGAAAUAUCAAAAGGGAAAAAGGGCUCCCUUCCGUUUGACUUGCGUCGCUCAAAAAUUCCUUUGUUUAACCUCGGUCCGUACUCUUUUCCAGGUAACACUAACAGUUGAAACGAAGGUGGCCAGGCGCCUGUUACGAUCGCUCGAUUUCGACGAUCUUACGGACAAUAAUGGACUGUAAACAGUGUUAUGUCGCAUCUUUCUCACUUGGGAAACUUUUAACGCUCUCUAUUCGUCCUUAUUGAGUUCAGCGACUUCUGUCAAUGGCUUGUUUAAGCCAGGGCUUCCAUAUGAUCUGUAACACGAUCUGCGACCGGUGUACACGACAUACAACCAUCGCUAAAGUAAAAAGGAACAUUUGCUUUUGUUGUCUCGGAUUUUCUGAAUACGUCCGACGCAGUCCACCGUCUGAUCGUUUCGCAGACCUUCACAGAUUUUAUGAAAAGCAGGCUUAAAAGCCUCACGUAUUUCUUUUUCACCUCUUUCUCUUUUCCUAUUUAUCCUUCAUCUUUCCUUAUCGCUCACCCCUUUGCAAAUGGCCAAAUAUUUCGGUUUCUUUUCCUUGCAAAGUUCUCCAGCCAGUCAAGCGCUCUACUGACUUAGCUAAUCCUGUUUUCCCUUGAUAUUGCAGAAAACACUUAAGAGGAAUCCAAGUGUUGAUUUUGGAGGAAUAACAUCGCCUUCAGCAACAGAUGAACCGGACGUGGAAUGGGCUAACAUCAAACUGCGUAAGCGCAGUGCAAACGAAACGGCAAAGACAGCAUCUAACGUCCAAGAAUCUGGGGAAAAUAACAACGAACUAACAAAGGUUGUCCUGAGGAAACCGCGGAGUCACUCUGCUGGAGAUAUUCUGGAUGGAAAACCCAAAGAUGAGGCGACUUCAGAGCUGAAACGGAUUCUUAUGAAACAAAAAGCUGCGGCUGAGAAAGGUGUGUGUUGCGAUCCGAUGCAAAUUAAUGCAGUCUAAUGUGUUUAAAAAGGAGCUGUGUCACGAAAUUUAUGAAAAUUAACUCAGCGGGAACUACCACCAAGUUGACUGAACGUAAAAAUAAUCGCUCAAAACGUUAAUAGAAGCUAUAGAUAACACAGUAAAUACAGUCAAAAGGACAAACUUGAGAAAGAUUACAUUUAAAACGGAUUGCAAUUGUGGUUUUGCAAAACGUGUUGGCCUAGUUGUUUUUCAAAGUUAAUUUUUGUCUUUUGUAACGUUUGAAGUAAUGUUUGAGAGGUCUGUUUGUUUGACACAAAGCUGUAAUUUUGUCAUUCACAAGAUAGCUGCUUUCAUCCUCUAGCCCGACCCCCUUCCCCGAGAGAGCCUGCUCGCAAGCCAACUCUGUUGCUUUCAUUUCAAUGGUCACACUACAGGAUUUCGUUCACAGACUCGAUUGUUAAAACUUGCUGCAAGUUGUAGUCGUCAGUUUAACAACGAGAAGGGGACUGGAGCUGAAAUGUGUCCCGCAAGUGUGUCUGGGAUCGUUACUAAGUGGGGACGCGCUGGUCAGCUAUUGGCCAAUUUUUCUCUACCCCUAGUAACAGUCUCAGAGGUCUUUGCAAAAGUUGACUCGACCCAGUUUCCCUCUUGUUUCUAAAGUGACGAAUGGUGAAGUAUACAUGAAGUGUAAAGCCGCGAGCGGAAAACGUUUUUUACGGGGCGAUCUUCGCCUAUUUGAAAGAUUGUUUGUGGUCACCUGGGAAAACAAUAGGGAUUGUGACAUAACAAUGCCCCUAUCCCUGAAAAAAACUAUGGAAGUGCAGAUUAAAGGGGACCAAUGAAAUAAGACGUUUUGAACGGUGCAGGUCAACCGUUUUUUGCACCAUUAAGGUUUGAUUUGAUAAGUUGCUUACUUCAAUCUAUAUAUGUUACGUUUCAGAGGUUGUAGAGGAGAAGAACGGAAGCCUUUAUGAAAAUGAAGCCAGAUGAGUGAAGUGAAUAGUUUUUGCGUAGUUAACUUUAAAACAGUAUUUAAACUACAAUCAUUUCUUGUCUUUUAAUUUUGGUCAAAUUACCAUGUUGCCAUCAAUAUCUAAGCCGCUUAUGAUCCUUUUCUGUCUAGCAGCAAACUUCAUGAGUCGGUUAUUUAAAAACAGAGUGUAGGCGGGGUUUAUCUGAACUGCCUUCAAAGCCAUUUAUGAUUUAGCCAACCUCGAUAACUAAUCAGCAAGUCGACUGCAAUCUUCCAUGGUCGAUACUUUUAUCGACCAUAGAAAUGAGGUCAACAUGUUCAAAUUUUGUAGUGAAACCUCGAACCGCAGUCGAGUGGUUUCACUGCAAAGGUUUGAUCAUUUUGACAUCAUUUCUAUGGUCGUAAGUAUAGGCCAUGGAAAAAUGUAGGCGAUUUGUUUUUUACAAUAACAUGGACAGUUUUUGGCGUCCGUUUGCGGUGAAGUUUAUUGGGGAGAAUCGCUCAGAAGAGAAAGAGGAAAACAAAUUGCGCCAUAAUUAAGUCAUUUCCAUGGCCUAUACUCUCAUUGAGCAUGGCUCUCGACCAAUCAGUGCGCGAAAAAUCGCUCUGUUAUUGUAAAAUCAUUGUUUACUUUUAAAAGCGUCAAGAAGGGUGGAAGCCCAGCUUAGAAAACCAUAAAUUGGCCAGUGAUUUUCAAUAACCACCACGUUUUCCCUCGAUUUGCUGGCACCCGAGACAUUCCAAAAGGACUGGUAGUCUAGUGUCUGCUAAGUGCAAUUCAUAAACAACGCGGAAAGGUAAGCCGAAUGCUAAGUAACGACUGCCCUUAGCAUUAUAGGGCACAUAAUGCCUGGAUCGUACGUAGUUAGAUUUUUAGACUAUUCACGGACUCAUUUUACUCGCUAAAAGACGCCUAACCAAUCAGCUUAUAGUAGGAUUUCUAGCAAUGGUGCGUGAAAUGUUGAGAAUUUCGCGCAAAUUAAGUUGGAAGGAACGAUCUGGAUCAAGAAGUCUACAGUCGACUCUCUCUUAAGGGACACCUCUAUAAAGGGAACCUCCACUCUUACUACAGAAUAAGUUUAAAUCGAAUAAAAUUAUGUUGAUAAACAAAUUUGUUCGAAAUUUGUCUUUAAAAAAGUGUUUAUAUCAGGAAAAGUGAAUUUUAAAGUCGCUUAUUUUCACUUUCAAAUUUCGCGGGCGCCGCCAUCUUGAAUAAUUGUGACGUGUUACGGUUGCUCUAUUAUUCUGACACAAAGAGCUUUUGUUUAAUAACAAUAGGGCAACCGUUACACGUCACAAUUAUUCAAGAUGGCGACGCCCGCAAAAUUUGAAAACAAAAGUAGGCGAAUCUAAAAGUUAUUUCUUUCGGAUACAAACGCUUUCUUUAAAAAUAUUUUAGAUUGACUUGACUGUAACAGUUAUUUCCUGUGAUUUAAAGUUAUCUUUUUGUUGAAGUGGAGGUUCCCUAUAAAACGGACACCUAGAGUUUGUCCGUGCCUUUCUUGACUCCUUUUAUUUGGCUCUCUACAAGACGGACAUUACUCUUGGACCAGGGUUGGUACAGUCUUAAUUUGCCUUGCAAUUUUCCAGACCAGGAAAAAGUCUUGAAAAUGGAGAUAAAGUCUGGAAAGAUGGUAAAAAGUCUUGAGUUGUAUUUUCAAAGCCACAACAAGUCCUUUAUAAGUGUACUGUUUUUUUUUUUUUUCGUUUCGGUCCAACCUUAUUAAAUCUUGCACGUAGGUUUGCAGCGCAUCAUGAAUAAAGCUUUGUUCCUACGUUUUUUGAUGUCUCUAUUGAGGGGUGAAGGGCGGGUUUCCUGGUUUUUGGCUUGGCUUGGGCACUUGCAUGAGUGGCUAGAACGCACGAGCUUUGAAUAUUCAGUCAUUCAACUUUCUCUAAGACUAACACCUUUGGGAUCGGCACUAAGUGUCCGACUAAGAGUAGUAUCAGUCUUGCAGAGAAUUAAAUAAAGGAAGUCAAGAAAGGUAGGGACCAAGCGUAGGUGUCCGUUUUAUCGAGUUGUCCGUCUUAGAGAAGUGCCCGUUAAGAGAGAGUGGACUGUAAAUCACUGAGCUAAACAAACACAGUCUGGGAAUAUAAAGAGGCCAAUAUUGUGACAUGCAUUUUUGUUCCGCCCAGUGGGAAAAGAAAUCAAGUUUCUUUAGUGUAAGCAGGGAAGGAGCAAAAGGUGAAGAUUUUCUCGGAUUAUUGCAUUAAAUUUAGCCUUUUUAAGGACAGGCUUAUGCGGCAUUAAAUACAUUACAUGUAAAAAAUGAUGAUGGUCUUACACAACCAUGCGGAAAAUUUUAAUUAUAUUAAUUAAUGAGAAAUAGUAGAUAGGUGUGAGAUAAUAGAUUUACAGAGACAUAAAUCACGAUUUAAGUUGUAAGUAAUCCUAAGUAUUUAAAUGGAAUUUUAUAUUCUUAAAUUUGAAUCACAUGCUUCUAGUUACAUGAUUUGACAUGUUUUCGCUAACCGUGUAGAUGUUGUGGUUCAAUUUUAUCCUUGGUUGAAAUUUUAUUUCCCUUUGUUCCUAAGUCAUUAUCAUACAUUACCAUAUCCUAAAACAAAAGGGAAAUAAAAUUUAAACCAGGGAUUAAACUGAACCACAACAUGGACACUAGAUAUUUAUGGUAAUGUGAAGGCAGAUUUACAUUUGUUAUACCUUUGUCGUAUGUGUUGCGUAUAGAUAGGCCGACGACACGGAUCGGAUACCUUUGGCUUUUAGCAGGGACAAAAUCGCGACUCGCACUCGCAAAAAAAUGUCGAGGGGAAGUGUAUAUGUCAGGAUAUCAUUCAGGUUCAGUGUGGCUUUAUCAUAAGCAAAUUACAUGCAACGAAGUUUUUCCAUGUAAAUAAGCCUAAACAAAGAAGCUUUUUCUAGUUUUAACAAAGAAGAAUUGAAUUUAAUGUCAGUAGAUUGAAUAUGCAAGCCGUUAACACAGUAAUCACGGCAAGUAAAUAACCUCUGUCUUAGAUCAGUUAUACGCUUUUGAGACUUUAAUCGGUCUUGACUGUCAAAAAACACUUUUUUUUUGAGCAACAAACAAAGCAAAGGAUAUAAUAUUGAUGUUAUUUAAUUUAGCAUAAUUCGUUAAAUUGAGGAUGAAAUUCACCAGGAAGAAUUAUAGUGACGGAAAGGAAUAUGAUUGUGAUAAUACUGUGAUGGGCGGGGUAGCUUCAUUGAAAAUUGUAGAAUUUGCAGAUCGUUGUCAGAAGUGUUCAUGGGAUAAUGUGAGGAAACACCUUACGAGCAGCUCCUACAUUACUGGAUAACAGCCCUUAAAGAAAUUCUUAGAGAAGUGUUGCUAUUCAGGAAUUUUCCUGCUUUUGUUCUUGCAGGCCAAUAGUUUAAAAUCGAAAUAGAAAAUGUGCAUGACAUUGCUCUCGAAGUCCAUGUUUGUAUUUGUAUUUGUAAUUCUUCACUUUAGCACUUAAUUGCACAUACUAAUAUUGAUUAAAUAAUUGACUGUAUUUUUACGGAAAAGAGAGGGACCCAGAAAAUUGGUUUUUGGUUUAUUUGCGAUUUUAAUACUGUACCCCAUUGAUAUAUUUUCAUUUUUAUUUAGGACCUGAUUUCGUUGUUUUUGACAAGUUGUGAUUGAACAGCGAUUUCUUAGUACUGUGCGAAUUUAAGUUAAAGAAAGCAUUUAAACAACAAAUUUUUAUUACUUUUUUGCGGAUCGCUGGAAAAAUCGCAAAAAAUUAGAACUCGCAAAAAUUUAUGACAUAUACACUACCACAUCUAUAUCAAUAAUGAACUACUAGAGAUACACAAAGUACACUACCUACAUGUAAUAAUGGCUGAUACAAAAACUAUUUAGGCACUAUUACUAUUAUAAAGUAAGAAAUAAGAUUUUUUGUAUUUUAAUUUUCACUACCACGGCAGAAUAACUGAAACUUUUCCCAUGUACUUUCCUGAUCGGCAACUUGUUAUUUGGAUUCAUAAGUUUCUUUUCUCAUAAAAGGAAGGAUAAGUGCAUUUAUUACGACAUUCAUAAAUAUGUUGCUCAGCUAAGACUAACAUGUGGUAAUAAACAAGUAAUCGUCUUUCCUUUGCCAAAAUUAUAGUGUGCCCCUUGGUAUAAUUUUUAUUUAGGACCUGAAGCCAUGGCUAGGCAGCUUAGCUGCUAAGCAUUAAAAAAAAAUGGUAGACAAACAGUGUGCUUUUGGCCAGUGUAAAACGCAAUUGGUUGGCAGUUUCUUGCUGUUUCAGAUGAUGUAACUGACAAAUGAUUUAAAAAAAGAUUGAAAGGAUACUGGACAAUACUGACACAUAUAAAUAAUAGCUGUCGACACAUUAUGAAAUACCCCCUUUUGCUACUGAUUGCAUUUAACUCUCUCUUCGCAGGUUAACACAGACUCGACUAAGAACGUUGUAAACAUGGUAAAAAGUUAACCCGUAGGGUUUACACUAGAAAGUGGGUAGGAUAACUCCAGUGGGACCCCAUCUCAAUCGAUUCUAAAGGAAACAGGGAAAAACAGUAACCAAUUUGGUUAACCUUUCUCGGACGAUUGUUCACCGUCCAUUUAAACAGGGCCUCAUUAGCGUGCUGGUUAUUCAAAUAGGUCGUGUUUUAUUGAGAAAAACGCGAGAAAACAAACAAGGCAGCAGCAAAUUUGCAGUUUCUAAGUAAAGGCACGCCAUUAGUAUCUUUCCACGGUUAGAAGUAAAUAAUUCUGUUGAGAGGUAGUGAGAUAUAGAUUUCUUAUCAAACGGAGAUAUUGGAUGAAAACAUCUGGUGCACAUUUUAUCUUAUGGAAGAGUAUGUGAAAAGGUACUUAUUGCUAUAUGUAAGUAUAUUUAAACUGAAUUAGCUUAAACUCCAAUACAUUAUUUUUAUAUUUAUGUUCAAAUAUUUUUUAUUUUCUUUUUACACCUCGAAAAACAGGUAUCGUUUUUAAUCGAAUCUCGUUGAGAUAACUGUCUAGUGUUUCGUUUUUUAUUAAAUCUGCAGUUUUAGUCAACAGUCCGCUCUUAUUCUGUUUGUUAGCGUCAGGUUUUCGGGAUCUGUCGUUAAUCUCCUAUUACAGUUUAAAUUUAAAAUGAUCUGCUGUAGCCACAAAGUGCCAAUUUAGGCCUGCAGACCAAAGUCUGAUUUAGCCACCCCAUUGACCGAAAAGGUCCCAUUUUAAGGGCUAAAACAGAUCUUCAGUUUUUUAUUUACAGGGCACCUUUUCUGAGUGUAGUUAACGAAAUAGUAUAUUUCUUAACUUUCCUCUACUAGCGUUUUUCAAUUUCCAGGUGUUAAACCUACAAUACGGUUUAAUCAACAUUUGUAACGCUAAGUUUAACGAGCAUUAAUGCAAAAAAUAAAGUCAGCUUGUCAUUCUUUACUUUUUUAUAAAGCUUGUCUUCGUUACACGAGUCUUAACGGACCUUAAGCAACGCGGACGACGACAGCAGUGGAAACGUCACUAAAAAAAUGAAUCUGCGUCCUUUCAGACGUUAUCGCGUCUAUUUGAAACCGCUCAAUUCGUCAAAUGUAUGCCACUUUUCCUGGAGUUGA